UGCGGCUUUAUUCACAUCUACAGUUACUGUUGAGCAUGUUGUGCUUCUUUUUCUCUUUCUCCUCCCACUGAUGCUGAUUUACCGAAAGAGAGCUGGCUUGAUAAAUUGCGUGCGUGUGCGCUCGUAAUGGUUGUAAUAAAACGAUCAUAGUAGCGCUACCCGGACAGUAUUUAAGAUUGACUGAAGUUCUACCAUGCCUGUGGCCUCCACCAGAACAGAGCCUGUGCCCCAGGUGUUGGACGCAAUGAGUGACAGCACUACCAGUUCCACUACUGCCAAUGACCUGGACCUCAUCUACCUCAAAGGCAUCAUGGAGAGCCCUCUGGAGCAAGAGGAGAGCCUGAAGGAGCCGCGUCUGUCGCCAGUAAGGGAGAACAACGUGGAGCUCCUGCAGGAGAUCCUCAGAGACCUGGAUCCCUUCACAAACCGCUCCGACACUGCAGCUGAGCUCGCCCUCAUACUCACACAGCCUCACUUCCAGUCUCUACUGGAGACUCAUGAUUCAGUGGCGUCCCAGGCAUGUGAUAGCCCACCCCCCAGCCCAUGUGAUUUUGUGGAUCAUGAGCCGGAGGACGGCCACAAACACAACCUGCACCCGCCACCUGACGCAAUCCGCAUGGUGGGCAUACGCAAAGUGGCGGGGGAGCAUCUGGGUGUGACGUUCAAGGUGGAGGGUGGUGAGCUGAUUAUAGCCCGCAUCCUCCAUGGAGGGAUGAUAGAUCAGCAAGGACUGCUGCACGUCGGAGAUAUCAUCAAAGAGGUGAAUGGACGAGAGGUGGGCCAGGACCCCAGAGUGCUGCAGGAGGAACUGCAAGCAGCCAGUGGAAGUGUAGUUCUGAAGAUACUGCCUAGUUACCAUGAAACCAUACGGCCAAGACAGGUGUUCUUUAAGUGUCACUAUGACUACGACCCAGCCAAUGACAACCUGAUUCCCUGUAAGGAGGCAGGCUUAAGGUUUGAGACAGGAGACAUCCUGCAGAUAGUCAACCAGGAUGACGUCAACUGGUGGCAGGCCCGUCAUGUGGAGGGUGGUAGCGCGGGGCUGAUCCCCAGUCAGAUGCUGGAGGAGAAGAGGAAAGCGUUUGUCAAGAGAGAUGUGGAACUGGCGCCUGCAGGAAAUCUUUGUACUGGUGUUGGAGGGAAGAAGAAGAAGAAAAUGAUGUAUGUGACCACCAAAAAUGCAGAGUUCGACAGACAUGAGAUAUUGCUCUACGAGGAGGUGGCCAAGGUCCCGCCUUUCAAGAGGAAAACUCUAAUUUUGAUUGGUGCCCAGGGUGUGGGGCGGCGGAGACUGAAGAACAAGCUUCUGCUGAGGGAUCCACUUCUCUUCGGCACCACCAUUCCAUACACCUCCAGAAAGCCUAAAAAGGCAGAUCGUGAGAGUCGGAUGUACGCCUUUACCAGCCGCGGCAAGAUGGAGACCGACAUCAAGAAUGGGCGCUAUCUUGAGCAUGGCGAGUACGACGGCAACCUGUACGGAAUCAAGAUCGACUCCAUACAUGAGGUGGUGGAGGCAGGACGCAUCUGCAUUCUGGACGCCGACCCUCAGUCUCUCAAACUGCUGAGGACCUCCGAGUUCUUGCCCUAUGUGGUGUUCCUUCAGUCACCAGACUUCGAGGUGCUCAAGGCGAUGAACCACUCAGCUGUAGAGGCAGGGGUAGUUACUAAGACACUGACGGAUGAAGAGCUGCAGAGGACGUUCGACGAGAGCGCUAAAAUCCAGGCAGCCUACGGUCACUACUUUGACCUCAGCAUCAUCAACGACAACCUGGACGAGACCUACCGCACCGUUAAGGCCGCCCUGGAAACGGUUUCUAAAAACCCCCAGUGGGUCCCUGUCACCUGGGUUUUCUAGAACAAGGCUGUGGAGGGCAGAUGAGGGAGGGAACGUAAGGAUGAAGAAAGAAAACAAAGGCACUGAAAAUAUAAUGGUGUAUAAAUAAUGGAAGUUCUUAUUUAGACUCUCUUGUGAAGUUUCCACAGAGAUUAAAUCUGACUUUAGCAAUAUCUUAGCAUCAGAAAAGUAUUUUCUUGCUAAAGUAACAGCUUUGCAGGAUAAAUUACAUUACUUACAGGAUAUUAUCUUGAAAGUGUGUGAAUAAGACAUCUAUUAUUUUAACAAGAUUAUAUUUUCCUGUGCAGUGAGGACAGGAAGGAGGGAAUAGAAAGAAAAAAGAAGGAGGGGGAAAAGACAUUCAGAAAUCCUGAAUGUCACAAAUUCACAGAUUUUACCUGGACACAUCAAGGACUGUGUGUGUGUGUGUGUGUGUGUGUGUGUGUGUGUGCGCGCGCGUGCGCAGGUGUGUAUAUGUGUCUCUGUUUGUGCAUGGAUUUUAGAGCAAAGACUUAUAUGUUUUUGAAUGAUUUGUGCCAUUACUGAUGAUCAUCAGCAGACGUCAUUGUUUACAUUUCAUGAUCCGAGAGAUCAGUACUGAUGGUUACAUUUAAUCUGCAAGCUAUGAGGGGUCAUAAAACGUAUUAGCAAAACCUGCUCUGUUGAUAUUUUUUCGUUUAAUUGACCAAAAAUGUAACCUAAAAUGUUGGAAAUAAUGACAAACACCCAUCACAACUUACAAGAGACCAAACAGAUAUCUUAAAACUGCUUAUUUGUUUGUCUGGCAGUCCAAAACCCAACGGUUUUCAAUUUACAAUAACAUGAAAUGAAAAAGGCAAGCAAUUUCUAUUAUUGUCAUUAAUUAAUUAAUUUAUGAUUGAUUAACACAUGCAACUGUAGAGUUGCUGUGUAAAGCUCAAUAAUGCAGAAGCCACAGAUUUCCUCAUGUCAAAUUCGUUUUUUAUUGGAGAAUGUUAUACUUGACAAAUUAUGUGUGAUCGAGGGCCGACAACGGCAAGCAAACCUCACAGUCCAUCUGUUGUCUGUGUGUGUUGCAUAGACCGCCUUUCUUAUCUUGUUCUUUAUUUAUUGUUGUUACAAACACUCACAGAAAGCCGUACAUUAUGCACAUUAAUAUAUGCCAUCUUAGUAGUUUAAGAAAGAAAAAGCCACAUCUAGAAUCAUCUUGGGGGUCCAAUGGAGAAUUGGUUUUAUGUAAGUACUGUCAUCACAUGUAACAACCAGGCCACAGUGGAGGACCUGAGAAAAUCAGACUUAUAAUUAAAUCAGUGUGAAAGUCUACUUAGGCUGAGUUAUUUGCAGAUUUAGUCAGUUUUUGCAUUGUUAGCUAGCUAGCUCAAAAUAUUUAAUAAUAACAACUGAGUGAUAUUCAACUACUAGCCAACAGCAACUACUACAGCUACCUCCAGCUAAAUAUGUCAACUAAUGUGUAAAUUAAAUGUGCUGAUGACAGUGAUGAUUAGUUGACACCGUUAUAGCCAACCCAUCCCUUAGGCCAGCGGUUCCCAACCUGUGGGUCAGGACCCCAUAAGGGGUUAAAAGACAAAUCGGAGGGUCUGUUAGGGGGUUAUUGUCCUGUUAGCGACUGAGCUAGACUAACAAGCUAGGCCAAGAGUUUGCUAAUUGACUGUUAGCAAAGGCUUCACGUAUGGAAUGUAUAUUAGAGAGUAACUCAUGGAAUACAAAGUUUUCUCCUAAGUAAUAGUAACUUCACAUGGCAUUUGCCUUCCACCAGCAUCCUUGUUAUGUUAUUGAUGCUGAGCAGUCAAUCACAGCGUCAAUCAGAAAAAUGUCUGUUAUUAUGAAGCAAUCAAACAACAACAUGUUGAAACAAAACUACCUAUCAGAUGUGGAACAGUUGAUGCUGACGUUAUGUAGCAACUUACAAGCUUGGAAUAUUUACACAAAAUCAGUCAAAUAUUAGUUGAAAAAAGGUCAGUCAGACACUGAUCAUGAACAUAGCCAGUGUCACCCAAGAGCUAAAGAUUCCUAAUAUGGUUGACAGAAGAGGCAUUACAUAGUUUGAAACCCCUGGACAUGUAAACACACAUACACACACACACAUAGAAAACGUUGUUCAUUGUAUUUCAUAAGAAUGGGUAAUUCUGUUCAACACUCAUAAUGUCAUUCCUAAUUUGCACUUUUUGUUUGGUAGUAUUUAUAAUUUAAAAUAAAACCUGUGUUGUAUUUAUGAACUCAGUUGUAAACAGUUUGUAGAUAGCAUGUAGAUACACGAUGAUAUAAUAGAUACUGAUGUAGUAGGUAUUCCUGCCUAGUAUUUACAGUAUGUGACACUUUAGUGAUAACUUUCAGAAUGUCAUCAGUAAAGACAUGAAUGCAGUAGUCUAUGAGUGAACAACACAACAAAAAAGCGGCAGAAACCGGACAAAACCAAAGCACUUCAAAAUAAAAGUGUGAACAUAUGAAGACAUUUUAAAUUUCAACAUAUUUGAAACAUUUAUCUUAAAAUGUUGUGUUGUGCACUCUUGGGCCACUGUACAUGUAACACUGUUCAUGGUGCCAACUGCAGAAAGCUCCUUGAGCAGCUUGUUUGUACUCAGAUCUUUUAUUGUGGCAGCUACUGAAUACUUUUGAUGCACAAUUAAUUGUUCAGCGAUAAAUUAGAAAAAUAGUUGUAUUAGAGGAGUUAUUUUUAGUGGCUCAUUCUUUGAAAAAUUACAUUUAUAUUUAUGCUCUAGUUUUUAAAAGUGGCUUGAAAAUAGCAGAUAUUUGUCUGGCAGCUAUAUUUGGAUCUCUGGAGUGUUUGGUCUUGAGAUACACCACAUUUGUUGCUCUCUCGAGGACAUUCCAAAACCUCACUGUGUCCUUUUUCUAUGAAAUCUCAUGAAUGCAAUAAAACCAUUUUUGUCACUGUAUCUUUACUUAAUAGUGUACAUCUAAGUACAACCGUAACUGGUAAUUUGGCUUUACCAAUUUUUAUUCAGCUCCUAAAGAACACUCAUUAUUGAAGCGUUUCAUUCCAAAAUGAUACAUAACUAGUAUUUAAUUUUAGAUAAUAAAAAGUUAAAUUAAAGGGGUACUCCAGUGAUUUAGUAUUGCACUUCCAUAAAGUUGGGAAACUCACAAGAGACAUGUUACAAAAGAAGACUGGUCAAAAUUGAAGCAGCAUUGGACAAGAUAUCCUGACUUGUAUUAGCUGUAUGGUCAAACUCCCAAAAACCCUGAAUCCUACAUUUCCCAUUAUGCAACUCACUAGCAUCUCUCCGAUAACUCAAAUACUCAAAUAAAAUCCUUAAACAAAAUCUCUGCAGUCACACAUGGCUCUAGACAAUGGACAGUGAGUCAAGCUUGAACCUUGUAAUUUUGCUGUAGGACUGAUGAUUGUGUAAUCAGACAUUGUUCAUGCUUCUGUCUAUACUGAAUAAAGUAUUGAUUUGAUUGAAA